UCCACACGCAGCUGGUUUGGUUGAAAGAAUAUAUGUUAUUAAACAAGAAAGAGGCGGUGGCAUAAGGGGAGGCAGGCAUUAAACCGAAACUGCAUGUCACGUCGUUGGUGUGGUGGCCGCCAGAUACUCGUCAAUUGCCGUUAAAUAAGUCAACAAUUGGAAUCUGAAGCAGACUCCUCCGCUGGCACUGACUGUGCUGUGCUGCUUGCCUGCAUCUGCUUGCUGGUGUUCAACGUCACCGAAUUCGUAAAUUGUUCCACGAGCGGGAUAAAUGAACGGAAUGAGUGAAAUGUUCAUAAAAUGCAUAUAAGUGCUGUGUCGUCUUCAUUCUGUGCUCUUUUUGUGUGUGUGAUAUAAUAAAGGCAAACACAACGGCUGCUUUAAUUAUUUACCAGACCAAUACUUUAAUUUUCGUCGCUGCCAUCCAUCCCGCACCAAAACAACAAGCUGUUGCAACAUGUCUACGAAUGAGACCUAUCACAAGAACGUUGAGCCGGGUGCCGGUGGCGAUGGGCCAAGCGGAUCGAGUGGGAGUGGGACUGGGAAUGGCAGUAAUGGCGGAGCAGCAGGAAGCAGCCAUACCAAUCAAUUGCACCACCAGCAGAUACUCAAUGAAACCACAUAUCUGAAACCCGGCGCCAAGCAAGCCUAUUUCAGCGAUGAAAAGGUCCUCAUACCCGAAGAUGAUCGCACAAAUAUUGGUUUCAGCUUUCGCAAGCUGUGGGCCUUCACGGGACCCGGUUUUCUCAUGUCCAUUGCAUAUCUAGAUCCCGGCAACAUCGAAUCCGAUUUGCAGUCGGGCGCCGCCGCCAAGUACAAAAUCUUGUGGGUCUUGCUGUGGGCCACCGUCUUGGGUCUGCUCAUGCAACGCUUGGCUGCAAGGCUGGGUGUGGUAACGGGCUUGCAUCUGGCUGAAAUGUGCUAUCGCCAGUACAAGCGUUUGCCCCGUUGGAUACUCUGGAUCAUGAUUGAGAUAGCCAUCAUUGGAUCCGAUAUGCAGGAGGUAAUUGGCACGGCCAUUGCCAUAUAUCUGCUAUCGAAUAAAGCUGUGCCUUUGUGGGGUGGUGUAUUGAUCACCAUUGUUGACACGUUCACGUUCCUGUUUCUGGAUAAAUACGGUUUGCGUAAGCUGGAGUUCCUAUUUGGGCUCCUCAUCACAGUCAUGGCUGUCACAUUUGGCUAUGAGUACAUUGUCUCUGCACCCAAUCAAGUGGAGGUACUCGAGGGUAUGUUUGUGCCCUGGUGCUCUGACUGCAAUUCGAAUGUGCUGCUACAGGCAGUGGGUGUUGUGGGAGCUGUCAUCAUGCCACACAAUCUGUACUUGCACUCGGCUUUGGUCAAGUCCCGCGAUAUAGAUCGUCGCCAGCCAAAGAAAGUGAGCGAAGCGAAUUUCUACUUCUUCAUUGAGGCCUCCGUGGCUUUGUUUGUGUCGUUCAUCAUCAAUCUGUUUGUGGUGUCCGUCUUUGCCCAUGGCAUGUAUGGCAAGACCAAUAGGGAUGUGCUCGAAAUCUGCACCAACAAAUCAAUGUACGAGGAUGCCAAAGUGUCGUUUGUGGACAGCCAGAAUGGCACGGCCAUCAUCGAUGCGGAUCUGUACAAGGGCGGCCUCUUUCUCGGCUGCACUUUCGGUGCUGUGGCCAUGUACAUUUGGGGCGUGGGUAUACUGGCCGCUGGCCAGAGCUCCACCAUGACUGGCACAUAUGCGGGUCAGUUCUCGAUGGAGGGUUUCCUCAAUCUGCAGUGGCCGCGCUGGUGUCGCGUGCUGGUCACGCGCUGCAUUGCCAUCAUCCCAACAUUCUGCCUGGCCAUGUUCAGCCAAAUGGAGGAUCUAACCAACAUGAAUGACAUACUGAAUGCGGUGAUGUCACUGCAGUUGCCCUUCGCUGCAAUACCCACCAUAGCGUUUACCUCAUGUGCGGCAAUUAUGGGAGAGUUUGUCAAUGGAGUGGGAAACAAAAUCGUUUCUAUCUGUCUGACGAUUGUGGUAAUUGGCGUAAAUCUGUACUUUGUGAUUGUACAAGUGGAGAAAAUGCAGAUCGAAGGCGGUCUGCUGGCUGUUGUUUGCAUAUUUGCCAUUCUAUAUAUACUAUUUAAUUUAUAUCUUGUGAUACACAUGGCCGCAUGCAUGGGCAAUCAGCGUCUGAUGAAUAGUCGGUGGGUGCAGCGAUUCGUGUUGCCAAGCCAGAACAGCUUUUCGAUAAAGAAUGCCAACUCAACGUAUGCCAGGAUUGCCACGAGCGGCGACCACGAAGCGGACGUCUUGGAUGGCGAGGAUGAUGCGUAGCCAUUACUGUGCUGCACUGAUUCCGAUGGCAGUGAGGAGGUUUGUUUCACCAACAGCAACAACAAUGAGUUCGGGUGCCCCAGCAGCAACGUGAACGGCGGCCCUGGUCACCAUGUGGUCAUCAGCUAGCAUUGGCAUUUGAAUUGGCAUUCGGCUGCAUGGUUGCCACAGCAGCAGCAGCAGCAGCAGCAGCAACAAACCACUCGACAAUGGACACAAUGUGGCAAAGUUCCCCUGGGCAACAGGCGGAAUGGAUUGGGUUUCAUUGUGGCUUCGGGUAUUAUUUUUUAAAAUGGUUCUCCAAGAGAACCGGGGAUCAGUGUAAAACAAUAACUAAAUUCUACUUUUAAUGCAUACCAAAAGAGAAGAAAAGAAAAGACAAGACAUGACCAGAAAAGCACAUCCAUAACAGAUCAUCCUUGUUCGAAAUUGUCAAAUGAUCGAAAAACACUUUAAAUGAAUGCUAAUAAUCAUAAAGUCUAUUGAUAAUAGGGCUGUGAAAUUAACUGAGCGUAUAUCGAACCACAUGUGUUGUCUAAUCGUGUGUGUAAAUUUAUCUGUAGAAAUGGCAUACAAUUUGUAGACCCUUUGGGAGAGCAAAGCAAUUUAUGUAUUCGUAUUCCUUAUUUAUUUUGUACUGUUUUACUUAAGAACUCUCUCCCUCUCUCUCUGUAUGCAAUGUUGCACCUUAGUCCAUGGAGUUCCAUGGACUCUCCUAGCUAGUUCAUUCAUUAAAAUAUAUUUC